UAGGAUCAAUCGGACAUAACAACAUUUUUCUAUAGUUUUUAUGCGUUUUUGGUUAUUUCAUUGCUGUCGGAGAUCCAAACACACCCUUAUUUCUUUCCUUCAUACUACAAGAACAAGAAAGCAAGAAAUAGAGAGAAAAUAGAAACUUUUUCCAGGAAAAUACUAGCAGGAAAGAAAAAUUUGAAAAAGCAUUUGACGGUUGUGUUUGGGUGGGUGAACUUCAUUUACAUUCUUCUCCUCCUCCCUCGUGAAUUCCCACCUCUUAUCCUCUCCCUCCCCUCAUAAACAUUUAUCUCUCUAGGGUUUUCACUUGCUGAUCUCUGAAAAAAGCUCAAAUUUUUGAAUCAAUUUGCCGGAGUUAUCCACAACCAAUUUCGAUUUUUCACCGAUUAUGAUCGAUCUAGGGUUUAUUUAUUCCGCAUUUGAUCGAAUUCAUUAGGUUUUAUUUGUUGUGGAUUUUGAAAUUUGGGUUUAAAUUGGUGGUGAUUGGUGUUUGGGAAUGAAGAGGCGAUGAGGUGUAAAGAAGAGAAAUGGAGGUUAGAUCCGAGGUUGUACAGUCGAGGUAUGAUAAGUUUACGACGCCGGUGAUACAGAGGACUCGCUUGCAGGUGUGGUUCAUUCGAGUUUGUUCCAGCAUUUUGCUAUGGACCUGUUUGGUUCAGCUCGUGGCCGUCGGUGAGCUGUGGCAUCCACGCUUGUUAACUGGGUUGUCUAACCGGUUCACCGGGAUCACCAAGUUAUCGGUCCAUGUCGAAGAGGCCGUCCCGGCGCCUCCGCUUCUUCCAGCAAGAAGCUACAAAAGUAACGGCUUUCUUAGAGUGACCUGCAAUGGGGGUUUGAAUCAAAUGCGUGCUGCGAUCUGUGACAUGGUGACUGUUGCUCGGCUUUUGAAUCUUACUCUGGUUGUUCCAGAGCUUGAUAAGACAUCUUUCUGGGCUGAUCCUAGCAACUUUGAGGACAUUUUUGACGUGAGACACUUUAUUGAUUCACUAAGAGAUGAAGUUCGAAUUGUCAAAAGAUUGCCAAAGAAGUUUACCAGGAGAUAUGAAUACCGGCUACUAGAGAUGCCUCCUGUUAGCUGGUCAAAUGAGAAAUACUACUUGCAACAGAUUUUACCACUUUUCAGCAAGUACAAGGUCUUACACUUCAAUAGAACAGAUACACGUUUCGCAAACAAUGGGAUCCCUCUUGAUCUUCAGAAACUCAGGUGCCGUGUUAAUUUCCAGGCACUGAAAUUCACUCCUCAGAUUGAGGCUCUGGGAUACAAAUUGGUUCAAAUUCUCCAAGGCAGAGGACCAUUGGUGGCAUUGCAUCUAAGGUACGAGAUGGACAUGUUGGCUUUCUCAGGUUGUACCCAUGGCUGCACUGAGGAAGAAGCGGAGGAGCUCAAAAAGUUGAGGUAUGCAUACCCUUGGUGGAGAGAAAAAGAGAUAGUGUCUGAGGAGAGGAGAUCACAAGGGUUAUGUCCUCUAACUCCAGAGGAGGCAGCAUUAGUUCUGCAAGCUCUGGGUUUCAACAAGGACACACAGAUUUAUAUUGCAUCUGGUGAGAUUUAUGGCAGUGAACGAAGACUUGCAGCGCUAAGAAGUGCAUUUCCACGGAUUGUGAGAAAGGAAAUGCUGCUAGAUCAAGAGGAUUUGCGGCAGUUCCAGAAUCAUUCCUCUCAAAUGGCAGCCCUGGAUUUUAUGGUUUCAACUGCCAGUAACAUUUUUGUUCCCACUUAUGACGGGAACAUGGCAAAACUAGUGGAAGGUCAUCGCAGGUACCUUGGUUUUAGAAAAACAAUCCGAUUGGAUCGGAAAAGGCUUGUAGAGUUGCUGGAUUUGCACCAAAACAGGACACUCUCAUGGGAUGAGUUUUCAGCUGCUGUUCAGCUUGCCCACAAGGGUAGGAUGGGACAGCCAAGUCGUCGUAAAGUUGUCAUGGACAAGCCCAAGGAAGAAGACUAUUUUUAUGCGAAUCCUCAAGAAUGCCUCUGUGAGAGAACAGAUUGUGAUGACCUACUACACCCUACUAAUUCAAGUCCAGUCCAGUGAAGAAUGCGCCCAUGUUGAGAUAUUGUGGUGAACAAGCUGCGGCACUUGAUCAUGGUUGUCUAGAAUGACUGGCGACUGUAUAGCACACGUAACAAGCUUUGGAUUAGAGAGACACCUGAAAGAAUAUGUUGCAUGGAGUUCCCAUUUGGGGAUCUAAGGAUGUGUUUUCAUGCCUGACGAGCAUUGUAAGAAAACGGCAGAAAAGUAAAUUCUUGGAAAUUCCCUUCUUGGCAUCUAAUUUGUUCAUUCCUUUUGUUUGUAUUUCAUUUCUUGGCCGCAUGUGUGAUCAGUACCGUUACAUAAUUCCACAGUUAUCAUUGAUGAUGUUGCAGCAUUUGAUUAUCUUUAAAA